CCAGACACUCAAGCUGGGGAUGAAGACGCUUCUGCUCGAGAGCCGUUCGUCGUGUGGUUUUCAUCUCCAAAAACUGGAGUCCAGGAUUUCGUCAUUAUUCCUAUCCACAGGGCUCCAGAAGCGGCUGUAAAAGAAAUCGAUGAACUGUACGAUGUUUAUCAGAAUGUUUCACAGCUGUGGAGAUCAAACAUAAGCGUUUCUCAAUCCAGAUUUCCAGCAGCCUGUGGUUAUGUUCCAGAGAGACAGUUGGUUAACAUCUGUCUGCACUCAGAAACUGAGUUUGUGUGGCUGACAGUUGACAAGCUUGACAUGUCAGUGAAGAAAUCUACCAGAUGUGCUUACCACAGGGUCGUCCUCUGCGGAGAGAAGAUGAUUGAGGCUGUGAAUCCUGAAUCAGUGGAGGCAUUUAGUCUAAAAGAGGAAUUUGGCCUCACUGACUGUGUGUCUGUUCUGCGGGCAGUGAGUGAUCAUUUCCCGCUCUGCAUCACUGUAAACAAGCGCAGACGAGAGGAUAACAACCUUCUCCAUUUACACUUUUACUGCUGGCCUGCUUCAUUAGUCCUACAGAUGAGAAUGAGAAACAGCUUACAAGAAAACAAACGAGUUCUAACAGAAAGCCAGUGUUCAGUGCUUUACUUUUUUGCUGUGUUUUUGUAG